GAGGAGGAGGCGGAGCCAGCGGCAUGGAGAGCGGGAGGAGCGCGCUGCUGCUCCUGCUGUCCCCCCGGACCUCCGGCUCCAUCUGCGGACCCCAGCAGCUGGACUGCACCGCGGCGCCCGGUUCCGACGCUCCGGCGCUGUCCACGGUACCAGCGGUACCAGCGGUACCAGCGUGGAGCGAGCCCGGCCCGGCCGUGGAUCCCAGCCGGUACCAGGAGCUCCCCGGAGCAGAACCCCCCACGGUGGCGAUGGAGCUGCCACACCCGUUCCCCACUGUGGACGUCCCUGACCACGCCCACUACACCAUCGGCUCUGUCAUCCUGGUCAUCGGCAUCACGGGCGUGGUCGGAAACUUCCUGGUUAUUUACGCCUUCAGCAGGAGCCGCAGUCUGCGGACUCCGGCCAACAUGUUCAUCAUAAACCUGGCCAUCACCGACCUGCUGAUGUGCAUCACCCAGUCCCCCAUCUUCUUCACCACCAGCAUGCACAAGAGGUGGAUCUUUGGAGAGAAAGGUUGCGAGCUCUACGCCUUCUGCGGCGCCCUCUUUGGCAUCUGCUCCAUGAUCACGCUGAUGGUGAUCGCCAUCGAUCGCUACUUCGUCAUCACGCGCCCUCUGACCUCCAUCGGCGUGUUGUCACGGAAACGGGCCCUCCUCGUCCUCCUGGUGGCGUGGCUGUAUUCGCUGGGCUGGAGCCUGCCGCCGUUCUUCGGCUGGAGUGCCUACGUCCCUGAGGGCCUCCUGACUUCCUGUACCUGGGACUACAUGACCUUCACCCCGUCAGUGCGAGCCUACACCAUGCUGCUCUUCAUCUUCGUCUUCUUCUUGCCGCUCUUCAUCAUCAUCUACUGCUACGUCUUCAUCUUCAGAGCCAUCCGCUCCACCAACCGGGCGGUGGGGAAGAUCAGCGGCAGCACCCACAGUCACAGCAGCAGCCGCGACUCGGUGAAGACUUUCCGUCGGCUGCAGAACGAGUGGAAGAUGGCAAAGAUCGCCCUGAUCGUCAUCCUGCUCUACGUCGUCUCCUGGUCGCCCUACUCCACCGUCGCCCUCACCGCCUUCGCCGGGUACGCAGACAUGUUGACUCCCUACAUGAACUCGGUGCCCGCCGUCAUCGCCAAAGCCUCGGCCAUCCACAACCCCAUCAUCUACGCCAUCACACACCCAAAGUACAGGAUGGCUCUAGCCAAGUACAUCCCGUGUCUGGGCGUCCUGCUCUGCGUCCGUCUUCGUGACCUGCGCUCCACCAGCAGCAGCUUCAUCUCCACGCGGCGCUCCACCCUGACCAGUCAGAGCUCCGACAUCAGCAGCCAGUACAGGAGGCACAGCAGCGCCAAGUCCCGCCUCUCCUCCGCCUCAGACAGCGAAUCGGGUUUGACCGACACCGAGGCCGACCUGACCAGUCUGGGCUCCCGGCCGGCCAGCCGGCAGGUUUCCUGUGACAUCAGCAGAGACACGGCCGAGCUGCCGGACUUCAGACACUCGUCCAGCUUCAAGCUGAAGAACCACGACUCUGGCAUCUUUGAAAAGACGUCCUAUGACACCAUCUCCAUGGGAGGACUCAGUGAACGCCACAGCUUCUCAAAUAGCGGAGACGUCUCUGAGGGACUCGUCAUGAGAGGCCAGAUCGGACGAAUCCCCAGCAUCGUCAUCACGUCUGAGGCGAGCCCCUUCCUCUCCAUUGGGCGGAACGGAUCACGCACAAACCGACCCAAGGCAUCCAACGCGGGGGCGGGGCCUGGAUAGAGCCCCGCCCACUUCCUGGCACCGCUGCUCCCAACAGAUGAAACCACCGAGUUGUUAAAUUAUGGACGUUGACUCCUACAAUCGUUUUAAUCUAAACUUGUUAACUGCAGCUGCUGCUCCGACACAUGGAUCUGUGGGUCUGUGGGUCUGUGGAUCUGUGGGUCUGUGGA